UGCUGGAUCUGAUUGGAGUCAGCCUUGGAACUGAGAGUUAGGAGCAGCUGCCUGUCAACCUUUCCCAUUAAGUACGGAUGGAAACAGGGCAUGGCUCAUUCUUGGCCUUUUCCUUCCUCUUCCUCUGAAAGCAAAGCCUUGAAAUGCCCCCCAAAAAGAGAGAAAGCAAAACUUACUUCUCCUCCCGUCUCUUCCCUUUACAGAAUUGCUCUAGAAGUCCCCGUUGGCCAAAGUGAGAACGUUCCUAAAAGGUUGCCCCCCGUUCCUGAGGAAUAAACCCCUCGAGUCCCUGAUGGUUGACCUCCUUCUCUUUGGUUCCUUUUCCACUAGUUUUGAACUUUGGCCUUCGUAGACGGCAAAAAAACAAAAACAAAAAACAAACCCUGAACGGAUGUGUGACGCAGUGAGCUUCGGAGAAUCUGGGGGAACUCUCACUUGAGUAAUUUGGGGGUAAAUCGCCUUGCGAGUUGUGCUCUGUCCCCCCAUCCAUCCCAGGCAACAGCCAUGAAGUUUCGCCUCCUUACGGUUUUUGCACUGCUCUUUGCGAUCUCCAGAUGCUGGGCUGUCAGCUUUCCAGAAGAUGAUGAUCCUAUUAACCUGGUUGACUACCAUUAUUCCAAGCAAUAUCCAGUGUUUAGAGGACGACCUUCAGGCAACGAAUCCCAACACAAGCUGGACUUUCAACUGAUGUUGAAAAUUCGAGACACACUUUAUAUAGCUGGCAGGGACCAAGUUUAUACAGUAAAUUUGAAUGACAUUCCAAAGGGGGAAGUUGUUCCAAGCAAGAAGCUAACAUGGCGCUCAAAACAACAGGAUAGAGAGAACUGUGCUAUGAAAGGAAAACACAAAGAUGAAUGCCAUAAUUUUAUUAAGGUCUUCGUCCCCAGGAACGAUGAGAUGGUGUUUGUCUGUGGAACGAAUGCUUUUAAUCCUAUGUGCCGUUAUUAUCGGCUGAGUACCUUGGAGUAUGACGGUGAUGAAAUUAGUGGCUUGGCCAGAUGUCCAUUUGAUGCCAAGCAAACCAACGUUGCUCUUUUCGCGGAUGGCAAGCUCUAUUCUGCCACCGUUGCGGAUUUUUUGGCAAGCGAUGCGGUUAUUUACCGGAGCAUGGGAGACGGGUCGGCCUUGCGAACAAUUAAAUAUGAUUCCAAGUGGAUAAAAGAGCCCCAUUUCCUUCACGCCAUCGAGUACGGGAACUUUGUUUAUUUCUUCUUUCGAGAGAUUGCUGUGGAACAUAACAAUUUAGGCAAGGCUGUGUAUUCCCGCGUAGCUCGCAUCUGCAAAAAUGACAUGGGAGGCUCUCAGAGGGUGCUGGAAAAACACUGGACGUCCUUCCUGAAAGCACGUCUCAACUGCUCAGUGCCUGGAGAUUCGUUUUUCUACUUUGAUGUGCUGCAGUCUAUCACGGACAUCAUUGAAAUCAGUGGCAUCCCUACCGUGGUCGGUGUUUUCACCACGCAGCUGAACAGCAUCCCUGGCUCAGCAGUUUGUGCUUUCAACAUGGAAGACAUUGAGAAAGUCUUCAAAGGGAGAUUUAAAGAGCAGAAAACUCCAGACUCUGUUUGGACAGCUGUACCCGAAGACAAAGUGCCGCGGCCAAGACCUGGUUGCUGUGCAAAACAUGGCCCGGCAGAGGCUUACAAAACCUCCAUUGAUUUCCCAGAUGAAACACUCUCUUUCAUCAAGUCCCAUCCUUUGAUGGAUUCCGCUGUCCCGUCUGUCAUCGAGGAGCCAUGGUUCACAAAGACACGAGUCAGGUAUCGGUUGACCGCGAUUGCCGUGGAUCAUUCAGCUGGCCCAUUUCAAAACUACACAGUCAUCUUUGUGGGCUCUGAAGCUGGAAUGGUGCUUAAGAUUCUGGCGAAGACCAAAGCUUUUUCACUGAAUGACAGCAUCUUACUGGAAGAGAUUGAUGCUUUCAAUCAUGCAAAAUGUAAUGGGGAUGGUGAAGAAGACAAAAAAGUUGUCUCUCUGCAACUGGACAAAGAGCAUCAUGCGUUGUUCAUUGCGUUCUCCAGCUGCAUCAUCAGAAUUCCCCUCAGUCGUUGUGAGCGUCAUGGAUCAUGCAAAAAGACUUGCAUUGCUUCUCGGGACCCUUACUGUGGCUGGUUGGCCCACGGAUCCUGUGGGAGAGUGAGAGCAAGCAUGUUCCUUGGAGGGUAUGAGCAAGACGUGGAGUACGGCAACACUGCCCAUCUGGGGGAUUGCGACGAAAUUUUGCCUACUACAACUACACCAGAUUACAAAAUAUUUGGCGAUCCAACAUCUGACAUGAUGCUAUCCUCAGCUUCCAUUACCACAGUGGGAAGUAUCCCUGUUAUCUCGCCCAAAGUGAUUGGUUCCUGGAAACCUAAAGUGACUGACUCUCGGAAAUUUGUAGCUCAAGAUGACCCAAAUACUUCUGAUUACUCUGAACCUUUAUCAGGGGUUCCAAAGGGUGUGAGGUGGGAAGUCCAAUCGGGUGAUUCCAACCAAAUGGUGCACAUGAAUGUCCUGAUUACCUGUGUCUUUGCGGCUUUCCUCCUGGGAGCGUUUAUUGCCGGCGUGGCUGUUUACUGUUACCGAGAUGUUUUUGUGAGAAAAUCGAGGAAGAUUCACAAAGACGCGGAGUCAGCUCAAUCCUGCACGGAUUCCAGUGGGAGUUUUGCCAAGCUGAACGGCCUAUUUGACAGCCCAGUGAAGGAGUAUCAGCAGAACAUCGAUUCGCCCAAACUUUAUUCCAACUUGCUGACGAGUCGCAAAGAGCUGCCUCAGACGGCGGACACGAAGUCCAUGUUGAUGGUGGACCACAGAGCCCAACCGCCAGAACUGGCAGCUCUUCCGACCCCGGAAUCGACUCCUGUGCUUCAGCAAAAGGCCUUACAAGGGAUGAAGAGCCAGAUGGAGAAGGCCCAGAACAACCUCAGCUCUUCAAGAAAAGAAGCCCCCUUGAAGAGUCCUCAGUUUUUCCCCUCCAGUCCUCCACCCCAUUCUCCUUUAAGUCACGGGCACAUUCCCAGCGCCAUCGUCCUUCCCAAUGCCACCCACGAUUACAACAUGUCCUUCUCCAAUUCUAAUGCGCACAAAGUGGACAAAAAGAUGCCCAAUGUGGACCACCCGCUCACAAAGUCCUCAGGCAAAAGAGACCACAGGCGAUCUGUGGAUUCCAGAAACACCUUGAAUGACUUCCUGAAACAUUUAAACGAAGCCCCCAGCAACUCCAAAGCCAUCAUGGCUGACCUUCAGGUGGCUCACCAGACUUUAAUGUUGGAUUCCAUGGGGAACGUGACAGAGGUCCCCCCCAAAGUCCCUCACCGGGAAGCCUCUUUGUACUCCCCUCCUUCCACCCUGCCACGAAAUAGCCCGACAAAACGGGUGGACGUCCCCAAUGCACCGGCAGCACCCAUGACCUCUUUGGAAAGGCAAAGGGGCUACCACAAGAAUUCUUCCCAGAGGCAUUCUAUAUCAGCUCUUCCUAAAAACUUAAACUCCCCGAAUGGGAUGCUGCUAUCCAGGCAGCCUAGCGUUAACCGGGGAGGAUAUAUGACUCCAACUGGAGGCACAAAGAUGGACUACAUCCAAGGGACGCCGGUCAGCGUCCAUCUACAGCCUUCCUUGUCUAGGCAAAGCAGUUACACAAGCAACGGAACGCUUCCUCGGACAGGGAUAAAGAGGAUGCCCUCUCUUAAGCCAGAUGUGCCACCCAAACCUUCUUUUGCCCCACAGACACCUUCGGUCAGGCCACUGAACAAAUACAGUUACUAAAACUUGCCUACUCAACCCAUCGAGAUCUUGGGGCGAUGGUGCAGGACAGAUGGAAGGAAAGACUCCGACUCACUUGUCAUGGAGGGCAUUGGUGGGGGGAACCGAAUCUGGGGGCAACCAGGCUCUUUUUGCUCCAUCGGCUGGUUUUGUCUGGCCCGCAGCAAGACUCCACUUGCCCAAUGUGUUAAAGAGAGAGGAAGGGCUGGCCAUUGCAUCCCUUAUGUUGGGAGAGGAGGAGAGACGUAGCACAAAAAAAAAAAAAAAGGACAGGACUCCAUGGCCACUUCAAAAGAGCUACUUUAGAGUACUUAGGCAGGAAGCAGAUCCGCGAACAAAAACAAAUACUUGAAAUUAAUAAUAAUUAAAAUAAGAAUAAAAAAAGGGGGUUUGUUUUUUAGACUGCCAUACUGUGUAGUCUUCCCACAAAAUGUGAACGUUUUAACUAUGUAUGCAUUUGCCUUGCCUCUUGCACAAAUAUCCGGAAAAAAAAAAAAUAUGUCUCGACAACAUCUGUUGGUUAAGAAGCCGCGAGCUGAACUUCAGCCUCUUGGUCCAACAGUAGCAUUUUUAUUUUUUUGCCUCCAAAGGAUGACAGUUUUUUUUUUAAAGGCACAGAUUAAAAAAAGAGGAGGGGUAUGAGGGGGGUUACAUGCAAGGGUGCGAGGAAGCCUUGAAUCCUGAGGAGGUGCUCAAUUCCAUUGUGUUGUCCGGAUGGAAAUGUUUACAUUUGUGAAAGAAUGAGGACCUACCGGCGGCUUUGACUCUGGUACUCUUGCCUUGCAAAGACGUGCUGCAGAUCUGGUGCAGCGGGCUUGGCGACACAGGUAGUCCUCCACUUACGGCUGCAGUUGAGCCCAAAAUUUCUGUCGCUAAGCGAGACAUCGAUUAAAUUAAGUUUGCCCCAUUUUAUGACUUUUUUCUUGCCACAGCUGUUAAGUGAAUCGCUGCAGGUCACAAAAGUGGAUCGCAUAACCCCAGGACGCUGCAGCUGUCACUAAUGCAUGCCAGUUCCCAAGGUCCGAAUCUUGCUACAACAGUUCCAAGGGUGAAAAACGGUUCAUAAGCCACUUUUUUUCGGUGCCAUUGUAACUUCAAAGGGUUGCUAAACCAACUGUUGUAAGUUGAGGACUACCUGUCUUGAUUGUGGCCUAGGACACAAUUAGGUACAAUGGGAAACAAGCCAAACAUAGAUACCCAAAGCCAGGCUGCUCUAAAGCUAGGUAUCAAAUUUCCAAAUAUCGUUUGAAUGGGUUUCCGUUGACCCAACCACUGUUUAAGUUACUGUCCUUCAAAACAUCAAGGGCUGAAGCCAUCCAGUAUGGAGGUUCUUAAUUUCCCCAAAUUUCAAACACAUCUUCACGAAGGAAAAAGAGGACAUUCGCAUGCAGGAAAAAUACCCCAGAUUGCAUUUUUCAAAGCGUUGCUCCAUAGCUUCCUGCAGUAUCCUUCCACCAACUGUCUUAAGCUCAUUGGAAGUCAAGGAGAAACCCCAUUGUUGUCUUUUAUGAGUCCAACAACAUGUCAAACGUAACGUGAGGUAGGAAGGCAUGUUUGCCAUUGGGCUUCUCCGAGAACUGCUUACGUCAUUGAAAGGAGAUUCUUCUCACUUUUAAAGAGCUCUGUUGAACUUAUUGAGUAUGUUCCUAGAACACUGAGCUGACAUUCCCGACUCUGGUCCUCCAGAUAAGUUAGGACUGCAAGUUUCAGUAGUCCAACUUAGAAGUCUGGGAGUUGUGAGUACAACACAUCUUGAGGACACAAGGUUGAGGAAGGGUCACUUGAAGCUGCAAAAGCAGUUGGUAGGUCUCUAGUUAUUGCUAAACUACAAGUUCCAAUGUCUGUAGGAAGCAUGCCAACAGUGAUUGGUGAGGGAUACUCAAAGUUGUAGUUAGUAACAUCUAGUUGUCUGCUUCUGUAUGAAGCUUUGUGGUUUCCUCCCAAGUUUUGAAAAUGUACCCUUCCAACACUUGUGGUAAGAACCAGAAGGUUCAGGCAAUGCUCUUACUGUUGUAACAGAUGUUGGCUUUGGAUGUUAUGUGAACACACCCAAUAUAUACUACGUUCCUAAGUGAGGGAGAAUCAAUGUGAACAUUAUCCCCAUAAUAUAGCCAUUCCCCCCCAAUGUCUUAGCAGGAUCCAUCCAUCAAAAUUCAACAGAAGCACAGCCCAUCUUUUUAGCUUGUGGUUUCUUUGAAGCCAUGCCAACAAACAACACUGUUGUAAAUAUUAUGUGUGUGACUUUACUCAGAUCUGUGCAUUUUGUGCCUUAUUCACAAGAAUGAUUCCCCACCCCUCCAAUCGCUUACUACUAAAAAUCCUGUCAAGUGUUCUCUGUAAUAGUACAUCAUAAACCCCUGAGUGCUUUUAAGUUCUCUCUGCAGUGUCCCAAAACAUGAAAGGAAAAAAAAGCAGAGAAGGAAGGGAUUAAUAUUUUCUGCGAAACCGUUCAUUAUCCAUGAAAAAGUAAACUAUAAGCCAAGAAACCUUGCUGUGCUAAACAUUCAUCCCUGAAUUGCUUAAGAAUCAAACUGCAACAAUGGGAAACCAUAUGAGAUUUCUAGGAUAAUACAAGCCACCCAAAGUUGCACAGGCUACAGUGUGUGUGCUUAUCGCCGAUUGUCAACUCAGAUGAAGAACUUGGUUUGUGUUGGAUGUUCCACCAUUUGGUUGCUGAAGUCUCUGUAACCAAUCUCUUAAGUUUACAGGUCAAAACAUCUGUUGCUGUCAUAAGUGAAAAAAGAAAGUUUUGAAAGGGAUUGUUCUUUCAUAUAGACAAUUAAACUCCUUUUCCAAUCUGUAUGUCAAGCUUUACUGGUCUCCCAAAAUGCCACAAGUAAUUUUUUUUUCUAAAAAAUAUCUUCAGUCUUGCAACUAAUACCUUUUAAUUUAAAAAAAAGAAAGAGAGAGAGAAAAGAAAUCAAAUGGCAAAAAUGUAAUUGACGUCACUUUACAAUGAUUAAUGAGUAAUACAUACUUGUGUGAAACUGAAACAUAAAUGUUAUGUGAAUCCGAAUAACAUUUUUGUAACAUUGUGCUGCCUCGUUAGUGGGUAAUGUGAGUCAUCUCAGUAUUUCUGUUGAAAAAAAAAAAAUCUCUAACAUUCGACAUAGUCUUUAUUCUGUUAAUUUAUAAUUUGUGUUGGGUUUUUUUUUCCUUAAAAAAUAAACACAUGCUUUAUCCAUUUGUGCAAAGGUAAAUGCAGAUUGUAUCUUUUUUAAAUGGUACAGCUUAAAAAAAAUAAAAAUAAACAGUAACCCAGAAAAAAACAAGAGAGAAAAGAAAAGCUACUCUAUACAAGCUAUAGGGUACGUUAACAUGUAUAGAUAUCUUGUAAACUUGUGCUGUGGAUGUGUAAAUAAAAGACGUCCUUUGGGUUUUUAACACCGCAUGUAAAGAUGAAAUAAACUCUUCAAAAGGAG